AAAAGCACCGCCCCUCCCCCACCCGGCUUUCCCAGCUCCUCCUUCCAGCAGCUAACCAGCUAGCUAGCUGUAGCUGUCGCGGAAAAAGCGACCUGAAGUCCGGCUGGUGUGGAGGACCUGAGUGUAAUGACCCAGCUGGACGAGCCGCCACCCAGAGAAGCCUGAACACCGCCUCCAUGGCCCGCCGAGCCGCCGGGUGUCCCUCCGUGAUGGACAGCUAGCCGCAGCUAGCUCCGGGAGAGCCGGGGCGACGAGCAUCCAAGUCGGCUGUUCCGCCUUCAUAAGUCGCAUUUUCGUGUCAUGUCAUGAACCGUUACUAAAGCUCGGAAGCUGAUGAUGAGUGAGCGUUUCCUCUGUUUCUGAUCGGGAGCAGCAUCAGCUCGGAGUCACUCUCAGAUCCACGGCUGUCUGUGGGUUCGCUGAGAGGAAGGAUGGCGUUUCACGGCACCGGCCAGCAGGCAGUUUGUGGAGAUCUCUUUCCAGGUUCUGUGCUGAGUCACAAGUAUUUCUGCGUGGGCUCCUCCUGCGACGCUCCCUCCACCGGCCUUAGCGCUACGCCGUGCCUGAACGGACCCAUCGCCCCGGCCGGGACCCCUCGUCACCCCACAGCCCUCGGAGGAAGUGCCGGCGGCGGGGCGGCGGUGCCUCAGCCCUACAGCAACCCGGCCAGCGAGGUUCCCAGCCCCGCAGAGAUGGAGCCGGACCGACCCAUUGGUUAUGGUGCAUUUGGGGUCGUUUGGUCGGUCACCGAUCCUCGGGACGGUCGAAAGGUGGCUCUGAAGAAGAUGCCCAACGUCUUCCAGAACCUGGUCUCCUGUAAGAGAGUCUUCAGAGAGCUGAGGAUGCUCUGCUUCUUCAAACAUGACAAUGUUUUGUCGGCUCUGGACAUUCUGCAGCCUCCGCAGAUCGACUGCUUUGAGGAGAUCUAUGUGAUCACGGAGCUGAUGCAGAGCGACCUCCACAAAGUCAUCGUGUCUCCCCAGCCCCUCACCACGGACCACAUCAAGGUCUUCCUCUACCAGAUCCUCCGAGGUUUGAAGUACCUGCACUCUGCUGGGAUCCUGCACCGAGACAUCAAACCUGGAAACCUGCUGGUCAACAGCAACUGUCUGCUGAAGAUCUGUGACUUCGGCCUGGCCCGUGUGGAGGAGCCCGACCCGUCGCGUCACAUGACCCAGGAGGUGGUGACCCAGUACUACCGGGCUCCGGAGGUUCUGAUGGGCUGCCGGCACUACGGCUCGGCCAUUGAUGUGUGGUCGGUGGGCUGCAUCUUCGCCGAGCUGCUGGGACGGCGGAUUCUGUUCCAGGCUCAGAGCCCCAUCCAGCAGUUGGACCUGAUCACGGACCUGCUGGGAACCCCGCCUCUGUCGGCGCUGGCCUCAGCCUGUGAAGGAGCCCGGGCCCACAUCCUGAGGGGGCCCCACAAACCGCCGUCUCUGUCGGUGCUCUACAUGCUGUCGGACGGAGCCACGCACGAAGCCGUGCACCUUCUGUGCCGCAUGCUGGUCUUUGAUCCGGCGAAACGGAUCUCGGGCAGCGACGCUCUGUCCCACCCAUACCUGGACGAGGGCCGGCUGCGGUACCACACCUGCAUGUGUCAGUGCUGCUACUCGGUGCCCAGCGGGCGGGUCUACACCCGGGACUUCGAGCCAGCGGCCGAGCGGCCCUUCAGCCACAGCUACGAGAACAGCCUGCUGUCCGUGUGGCAGGGCAAAGAGCUGAUCCAUCGCUUCAUCACGGAGCACCAGCAGGGCAAACGGGUGCCGCUCUGCAUCAACCCCCAGAGCGCCGCCUUCAAGACCUUCAUCAGGUCCACGGCGUGGCACUCCUCCAAGGUCUCCCGGAAGGAGGAGAGAUGAGCUCCUCCUCGUCGUCGUCGCGGCGCUCUCACAGGAAUCUUCUCCUCCUCCUCCUCCUCCUCCUCCUCCCGACUUCCUGAAAGUCCUCUGAUCUUUUCCUCCUGAAGGUUCUGAACAUGAAGAGUUUCUCCCCGAACAUGAUUUUGGUGCUGA